AAUUUAUAUAAUUAUAUUUAAUGUUCAUCAACACAUAAGAAAUUUAAAACAAUGAAGAAUAUUAUAUUUCUAACUUUUGUAGGAUUUAUAUUAGAUUUUUUUAAAUCUAUUAAUACAAUUUAUGCUGCACCAAAUUAUAUUUCCGAUAAAGAUGGGAAUAAAAAUAUUAAAUUAAACAAUCACAUUAAUGAUGCUGGCCUUUCAUUUGAAUCAAACGAUAAUCUGAAUUAUGAAAAAAAGAAUACCCUAAAUCCUUUAGGGCUAGAGCUUAAGGAUACUUGUAAAAAUAUUGCUUUCGAGACUAAGAGCGAAAUUACUAAAAAAUGCGUGUUGGAUAAAUUAAAAGAAACACGUUGUUCUGAUGCUAAUAUAAUUUGUUUAUGUGAUUCCAAGGCUUCGCACAAAGUAAUUCAUGAUUGUUCGCAAUAUCCACAAUACGAUAUUACGUUUGAUAUUUCUUUUAAUAAGCUCUGUUUUUCGGCUAUUAUAGAUCCUGAUUGUAGUUCUCUAACUAAUCCAUCUUUUCCUACAGUUAUAUGUAAAGACCCUUUCGAAGAAACUGAACUUAAUGAAGAUGCAAAAGAAUGUAUCGAAAGAGCAGUUAAACAUUCUAUGUGCAAAAAUGUUAAUGAUGCAUCGUGUUUAUGUGAUUCCAGGUCUUUUAAUUAUGAAGUUUCUGUAUGUAUUAAAGAUGUUUCAUUUGGAGAAAAAGUCGGUUCUUUUUUGAAUACUUUAUGUAAUACACCAGCCUUACUUCCUGGAUGUUCUCAUCCUCUACAACAACCACUUCAAACAAUAGAAAGUGAAAAGAAUAACGGUAAAAGACUUUAUAAAAUUAAAAUGAAGGAAACAAUGUUUUUGAUAUUUGGAAUAAUUAUACCCAUCAUCUUAUAACUUCUGGAAAUAUAAAAAGAUAUAACUUGAUUAUUAAAAGGUAUAU